CGGCGGGUCCGGAAACGGCGGCGGGCGCCAUGGCGGCGGCGGGGCCCUUCGCGCUGGUCAGCAGCUGCGCCGCCGCCUUCCCGGCCGAGGAGCUCGUCAAACUUAUCACAGGAAAAGAUGACCUCUCUGUGGGUGCAACUACAAGUGGAGGAGUGAAUUUUUACCCCUGGACAAUAGAUAAUAAAUAUUAUUCUGCUGAUAUUCACCUCUGUGUGGUACCAAACACCUUUCUUGUUACUGGAGAUAUUGCUGAAGCUGUGCAAGCAUUUAUUGUGUACUUUGACAGCACAAUAAAGUCUGGACUUGAUAGUGUCUCUGAAUGGCUUCCCCUGACAGAAGAGUGGUUACCAGAAGUCAUGAUCCUCGUUUGUAACAGAGUAUCUGAAAAUGGUGUUAACAGACAAAAAGCUCAAGAAUGGUGCAUCAAGCAUGGCUUUGAACUGGUAGAACUUAGCCCUGAGGAACUGCCUGAUGAAGAUGAUGAUUUCCCUGAGUCCACCGGGGUGAAACGCAUUUUACAAGCCUUGAAUGCCAACGUGUGGUCCAACGUGGUGAUGAAGAGUGACAGGACCCAGGGCUUUGGUCUCCUCAGUACCUUAGCAGGUGCCAACUGUAGCAUUGGGUCAGAAGAGAACCAAGAUACAGAACCCAAUACAGCAGCAGCAGACAGCAGAGAGUCCCAUGGAGACAACAGAGAAGAUGGAGCUAGCCCAGACAACCAGCAGAUGGGCAACACUGUAGAUGCCAUGUUGGACACAGACAUUCAGGAGCUGGCCAGCCUGACCACCAGGGAUGGUGACCUGGAGAACUUUGAGAGGCUCUUUUCAAAGCUGAAAGAAAUGAAAGAUAAAGCUGCAACCUUGCCUCAUGAGCAAAGAAAACUACAUGCAGAGAAGGUAGCCAAAGCAUUCUGGAUGGCAAUUGGAGGUGACAGAGAUGAAAUUGAAGGCCUCUCCUCGGAUGAAGAGAAUUGAGUUCUUCUCUCACCUGCAGCACCAGAGCAAUCCUAAAAGAGUCAUCUCCUGCAAGGAGUGUUUUGCAAAAAGCCCCAGUUAGCUUUAGUUGCUUCCUUGGACUGAAGGAUUCUCUGUAGCACUGUAGUAAGUAACACAUUCCACACCACCUCCUGGUGAGAGGGCUUUUGACUGACUCUUCACUUACCCUCUCCCAGAGAGUUUUGGAAGGCAAUGCAUGCAGUUAGAGGAAAGAAUAAUUAGUUUACAUUUUUUUCAGAUUAACAUUUUUAUUGCUUCCUCUUUUGAGUUUAAAGAAACAAGUUUACCAGUAGUUAUCUUUCUACAUAUGGCUGGUGGCUGGGAAGUGACUACUUAAUUCAAAACUCAACAUUUUAAGAUGUAGGCUUCUUUGAUGUAGCUUUUGAGCCAACUUGCUAGUUAAAACAAACCAAAUUUAUAUGAGCCACGAAGAGAAAGUUGCUGAAUUCUGCCCUGUUGUGGGAUGCUCUGCCAAGGCUGCAAGGUUAAUCCUGCUGAGUGCCAAAACUAUUAAAAAUGGGCCUCAGGCUUUGAAUUCUG